GUGUUGGUAAGAUGGUCCCUAAUGCAACACAAGAUGCUCUCGUCAAAGAGCUUCAUAUGUAUAAACAUGCAUUGGGGACUUUUGGUAUGCCUCAGGCUAUAAGAAACAGAGACAAAACAUCCCCUUGUAAGUGGAUUGAUUUAGUUAUUUUUAUAGCUUUACUUAAGUUAUUUGACUUAUUUAUAAUUAUUAAACCUUUAAUUAUUUUUUUUAUAGCUGAAUGGUGGUCGGUAUUUGGUAAUCAUACCCCAAACUUGCAACAGCUUGAAAUAAGAGUAUUAAGUUUAACUUGUAGCGCAUCCGGAUGCGAGAGAAAUUGGAGCGUGUUUGAACAUAUUCAUACCAAAAAGAGGAAUAGGCUUGAACUAUCGCGUCUCAACAAUCUAGUGUACAUUAAGUACAAUAGAACAUUGAGGCGUCGUUAUGAUGUUGGCGAUACCGUUGAUCCAAUUCUGUUGGAUAAUAUUGACGAAGCAAAUGAAUGGUUAAUUGGAUGCCCCCAAAAUGAAGAAGAGGAACUAGUAUAUGAGGGAUGUGAUCUUGAUUGGGGUACUGUAUCUAGGGAGUCUGGAGUUGAGGAGAAUAUCUAUGGUCAUAGGGGCGGUUCUUCAAGUUCAAGGUCACAUAACAAGGGCAAAGGAGUAGCUACUACUGCUACAAGCUCACUUCGGUCUCGGUGCUUAAUUGAUGAAAACUCCGAGUUCGAGACUGAGACCGAGCCCGAGCCCGAGGAGGAAGAAGAUGAGGAGCAAUAUAAUGUUGAGAAUCUUGGAUAUCAAGAAUUUGGAAUUCUUGAAGAUCUUGAAUUUGAAUAGACUUUUAGUAUUGCACGAUUGCUUUAAUUUUAGUGUUGCUUGUCUUGUCACUUAUGACUUAUUGAGUCAUUGACUCAUUCAAGUUCUAGACUUUUAGUAUCUACU